UGCAGGAGGUGUCGUAGUCCUGUUUGUUAUUCGCCACUUAAAGGUCACUCUGCGGCUGAACUUCAAAACUUUUACAACAAGGCUCCACAACCCACAGAGCUACAAGAUGCUUUCACCCGGAUUUUAGUCCACCUGGAAACUAAAACACUAAGCUGCUACUACUACAAACCAGCUACUCUCUAGAACCGGAUUUUAGAUUUCUAACCAAAUUCCUUUGGAAAAACAAAGUCACAAGGGUAGUUUAGACAUUCAUAUUGGUUCUGUGUCAAGACCCGAGUUUUAGCUCAACAUCAUUAUGGGUUUCCUUUCUGGAGCAGUCGACUCCAGAACUGACAUUUUGGAUGGGAGCGUUUCCGGAUACAAUUUCCAUCAGCAUCUUUAAAGCUCUUUGCAAGGGUACAGUACAGUACAGAAAGGGGUUUUCUCAACAAGCUGAGGGGAACACAGCUCAGAGGUGCAACAGCUGAACAGGUGCCUUCAGAAAACAGACCCACUGGAGUUACAGCCCAGGACCUGGCCUGGACAAUCCUCACUCUCACAACAACGCAAGCGAAAUAAUUGCGAUGUACAGCAAACUUGAGCACAAACGACUCCCAGCCGCUUUAAAAAAACCCACUUCAUACGCGUCCAAUAAAACAAGAACACGUUUCUUCAGUUAGAAUGUCAUUUUAAGCAACAGUAGGGCGAGUGUGCUCCCCUCUGUCUAAGCAUAUCUUAAAAUGUAAAAAUUAAGGGGUUAAGAAGUUUUAUACUUGUGUACCUAAUGCGACUCCAAAACACUUCAACGAGUCCUGGAAGCGACGAUCAGGAGUUAAAACUUAAUUCUUAACGUCUAACGUCUCUAGCGAUCCCGACAAAUCUUGUCCGUUAGGGAAAACACACUUUGAGGAAAAAUAUAAACCAUGCAUCGUGAGAAGGCGAAUGCAGUCCCGCGACUAAAACGUCAAAAGGUCGGAAUAUUCCCGGGUAGGAGGGAAAGGCCCUACUGUUACUUAUCAUGCACAGAAAGAAACCCGACGGGCACUUUAAACAUCACUUUUGUCCGUUUCAUCUGUGCUUAAUCACCGUAAUACACAUCAAAAUACAUCGAAGGAGAGUUCUGGAACGCUUUACGGGCUCUCGUAUAUUUGUAUAUUGCUCACUGUGCUUAGAUUAAAAAAGAUUUCAAUGCAUCUGAAAUCAUUCUCACUCUCCUUACCUUGGUGCUGGUAGAGGAAAGGAAGAAGGAAGGACGUCAUCACGCAGUUGUACCCUCGUAGCGUGCUACGUCAUAAGGUCAGGGCGCUUCUAUUCCCAGACAUCACUUGCAGAUUGUAAAGUCUCCGAGAGGUUAAAGCAGUGAGAAUGAUAAAGUGUCAGUAUUAAAUUUGCGUGCAGUUUUUAAGCACACCUCGUAAUAACUGCAAAUCGAAUAACUACGAGUAAUAGUUCGGUGUAUCAUGUAGCUUGAAAACAUAACAUGUAACACAACUCAGUUAACGCUGAAUCUUCCCAUUUCUCCAGGAGCGCUGCCGUCACCAGUCAUGAGCAGUUGAUGUCAGCGCCGCUGAUGUGUGUUGUGUGCUGUGCUGCUGUUGCAGAGUUGUGAGGACAUGGCGUUAAUUGCGCACACAAGGCUGUUUAGCCGCGUCUCCAGCUCCCGUUUUGGCUUUAAAACGACUGGUCUCGAUGUGAUCCGUGUCUGUGCGAACAGCCUGACGACUCCAGCAGGUGCCACGUCCUCUACUGCGACCGACGGAAAGAGGGAUUUGCUAGAUCACGGACCAGGACUGCAGGACUUCAUAUCUGGAGAGCUAUCCGAGAAGAGCAAAUGGGCCGAGUACAAAGGCAGCCUGAAACGGCAGAAAGGAGAGAGGUUAAGGCUGCCCCCUUGGCUGAAGACCGAGAUUCCCAUUGGGAAAAACUACAACAAGCUGAAAAACACUUUGCGGAAUUUAAACCUGCACACAGUUUGUGAAGAGGCGAAAUGUCCCAAUAUUGGGGAGUGCUGGGGUGGGGGAGAGUAUUCCACUGCUACAGCCACCAUCAUGGUGAGUAAACACCAACCAACGUCGCUCAGUGUGGCGAGACAGGCCGUUACAGCACCCGGUUGUCUGUUACCUACGUUCUCCAAAAUAGUCUUCCAGUUUNNNCUGGACUACGUGGUGCUGACAUCCGUGGACAGAGACGAUCUUGCAGACGGAGGUGCAGAACACUUUGCGAUGACGGUGUCCCACUUGAAGGAGAGGAAUCCUCAAAUCCUGGUGGAGUGCCUGACUCCAGACUUCCGCGGAGACCUGCAGGCUGUGGAGAAGGUGGCGCUGUCUGGGUUAGACGUGUACGCCCACAAUGUGGAAACUGUCAGAGAAUUACAAAGGCUGGUUCGUGACCCGCGGGCCAAUUUCGACCAGUCCCUGAGCGUCCUGAAGCACGCCAAGAAAGUGAAGCCCUCACUGCUGUCGAAGACCUCCAUCAUGCUGGGCCUGGGGGAGACGGAUGGGCAGGUGUACGCGGCGAUGAAAGAGCUGCGGGAGUCUGGAGUGGACUGUCUCACUUUAGGACAGUACAUGCAGCCGACAAAACGCCACCUCAAGGUGGAAGAGUAUGUGACUCCGGAGAAGUUCCAGCACUGGGAAAACAUUGGGAAAGAGCUGGGCUUCAUGUACACAGCAAGUGGGCCCCUAGUGCGCUCUUCCUAUAAAGCAGGUGAAUUCUUCCUGAAGAACCUGAUCAAGUCUGUGAGAAAGGAUGACCAGGGCAGCUAGGACAUGCCUUUCCACUCUGCUGUUAUCUCUUGUGCAUCACUUGUUCACCACCUUGGAAACUCCAUCAGAGAGUGGAAUGUAACACCUAAUCAAGUCCAUUCUGUGGGUGAAUGUCAGCUUCCCAGUCUUUGAGAACAAUUGUCCAUUGAUCUGAGCUUCCAGGGAAUUAAAUCAACUUUGAGUUUGAGGGCACACCUUAUUUUCCGCAUGGUUAGCUACUGAUCAGAAUGUCUUAGGCUGUUUCCAUCCUGGUUAGAGGUUUUGAAGAGACACUAGGAAAGCAAUUCAAGCUUUCUGCUUGGUCGGAAUAUCUUGCUUAAUGACUGACAAUUAAAAACAGUGUCCUGCUUCAUUGUGGUGCUUCAGCAGAAACUGGGCUUCAUACAUCAAAGGCAAAGUAGACCAAAAUUUCCUUCCAAAUUUCCUUUUACAUUGGGUGACUGCAUUAUAGUUGUGAACUCAGUGGCUUCUUGCUUCCUGUUAAGGUAAAAUAUACUAAAAGUCAACUGGUGGGGCACUUUUCUCAAAAAUACAUCUGGCUUAACCUACAGUUCAUGCAGCUGUUCUUUAAUCAGCUUGGUGGUGAAAACUAGCUGUUUUCAGUCAGAACUGUUUGAAACUGGGGAUUCACAUCUUGACUGAGUUAACCACAACUGUUGUUUUUUCCAAAAUGUUCUCCUGACAUUUCAUAGAAGUGACACAAAUAAUACUGAACAUGCUACUUGCAGGUGAGAGAACUAUUACUUUGAAGUCUGUAAAUGUUGUUCUUUUGUUUGCUUUGGGCAGUGGUAGUUUCCUAUUAAGCUGAUCUAGUGAACACUGAACCACAGUGGCCUUGUGGUCAAGAAAUGUGUCUGGAAACUCCAUCUACAGCACAUAUUCAUCACUGAACAGCAUACAAUCACCUGUAUUCCAACUGUGCAAAUUAUUGGUAAUUUGUCUAAAUAAAUUAAGUCUCUUCAUACAAAAUAA